AUGUGGGCACGGAGCGUGGCUUUACAGGCAGGAGAGGGUGACAGCAGGAGAAGCCAGGGAGGGGACAGCCGAGCUCUGGCCAGCACAGGGCAGGGGCUGCUCGAGGAGCCAUCCCAGAGUGAAGUGCCACAGCCACAGCCCAGGAGUGACAGCGCAGGAAGCCAGUGCCAGCCAUGCCCAUCCCCAGAGGUCCAGCACGCCCUGGCCAGGGCACAGCGGCAGCGGCUGCGGGCUCAGCACUGCCGGCACCUCCAGCGAGAGCUCGGGACCAGCGCCGUGCCAGCCCAGGAGCACAGCGGAGAGUGGGACACAGAGCGCUGGCAGCGGGAGGUGACCGCGCUGGGCCUGAGCCUAGAGGCAGCGCUGCGGGAGCGGGAGGCGGCCGAGUGGGAUCUGGAGGCCCUGCUGCGGAAUCACCACCAGGAGAUGCAGGCCUGCAGGCAGCACCUGCUGCAGGUGCUCCGGGACCAGCAGCGCCUGGCAGAGGAGCAGCGGGAGGCCCUGGAGCGCCGGCACCGGGCACUGCUGCAGGAGGUGCUCCGGGACGCGGUGGAAAUCGCCGAGCACAACCAGCACCUGCGGGACACCCGACGGGCAGGCACGGCUGAUGCCACCACACAGAGCCCCUGAGCCAUGUCAAGGGCAUGGGGACAGCUGGCCUGGCAGGACAGGGUCCCUGCAGACCCCUCCCUGCACUGAGCCACCAGUGACGCCGGGAGACUGGCCAGCCCCAGUCACGAGUUAUCCCAGGCACAGCCUCCCCUUCUGCCUGCUCCGGCUGCUGCUCCCUAGGGAAACCUGGCCCAGGGAGGGAAAACCCUGCUCUGUGCUGGGAACCUGCCUGUGGGAGCACAGUGGUGGGAAGGCUGGCAGCCCCCAGCUGCGGCCACAUGGAAU